AGAUCAAAUCAAAAUGUGAGCAAGAUCGUCGUGCGCGCGCGCUUGGAAAGUGUGAAAAGGAUGAUUGUAUGCCGAUGGCUGACAUUUUAAAGAAUCGCUUUGUUUUAACUUACAAAGGCAAAUUUUGCAAAAAUGACUUCGAAUGACAGUUUUCAAUUGGAAAUUUGGAAAGGUGACUGGGGAUUGCCAUCAGUUGAUGUCGAUUGUUUGAAGGUUUUGACAUAUGCCAAAUUCAGUAAUAUUCCAUUAAAUGUAAAGGCAACGAACAAUCCAUUUAAAUCGCCAAAUGGGAAGCUACCUAUUCUAAGAUAUAUGAAUAAUAAGUUUUAUACAGUAGAUAAGAUAUUAGAAGUUUUCCAAGAACAUAAAUACACUCUAGAUAAUGGUAUAACUCGAAUACAAAAUGCAGAAGCAUCAGCUUUCAAUACUAUGCUUGAUGAGUGCAUAGAACCAGCUAUCCAGCAAAUGUGCUGGAUUGAUCAACUUAAUUUAAAUCAAGUUAUAAGGCCUUGGUAUGCUAAGGCCUUACCCUUUCCAUUGAACUUUUAUUAUCCAGGAAAAUAUGAAAAAUAUGCUAAGUCAAUGAUAGAAGCAUUGUAUCCUACAAAAGAUGACAAAGCAGCAGAGGCUUCCGUAUAUUCAAAAGCUCAAAAAUGUAUCAACACUUUAUCCACAAGACUUGGGGAAUCCGAAUUCUUUUUUGGUUCAACUCCAACAACAUUUGAUGUAUUAGUGUUCUCCUAUCUUGCUCCUCUACUCAAAAUACCACUGCCAAAUUGUGCUUUACAAAAUCAUUUGAAAGCUUGCCCAAAUUUAGUCAAGUUUAUUACUAGAAUUUCACAAAAGUAUUUUGAAGAUGAUUAUCAGGAAUAUGAAAAGACAAAGUCAAAAGAGCAAGAAAAGAAAACAAAAUCUAACUCACUUGAAGACUUUCCUAAUAAAAGAAGAAAUCAAAUUUUAGCUGGAAUGUUUGCAGCAGUUGCUAUGAUGACUUAUGCAUUUUCAACAGGCAUUGUACAGGUACUAAUCUAUUUAAUAAGCAGAAGAAAAUUUCUUAGGCUUCAAAAAGGUGAACGUAAACGUUCAAGAUAAUGAUUAUGAGUCAUCAGAUCCUAUGAAUUUCAUAUAUAAUGAUGAAGAAAAUGAGGAAUAGAUGAUUUGCAAGCACAAAUUCUGUGUUUCAUACCCUUAAUAAAAAUACUGU